AUGGUGGAGCGGUCGGACCGAGCCCCGCUGCUGGACUGGGAGGAGGUUCCGUCCCUGGAGAAGCCCGGCGGCGUGUCGCCGGCUCCCGCCAAGGACCGACUGUCAAGCCCCUCCAACAGCCGCGCCAGCCCGGGAUGCUCCGCGCCGGUGUUUGGGUGGAGCAGCGGUCCGGGGGGUCCCGCUCCCUGCAGGUCCGGCUCCGGCUCAGACGGGUGCAGCACCCCGCCCACGACCUGCAGGGAUGAGGGGCUUCAACCCGACGAGGAGGGGUAUCUGUCGGACUCGGGGCCCGGGGAGCUGUCGCUGGAGGACAGGAUGGUGAAAUGGGAGGAGAAGGACCAGAUUGUGUCGGUUUUUGUGGUCGCGUUCAACACCAGAUCAGGAAACAUGCUGGAGUGGUGUCUGCCCAAAGACAUGGACCUGGAGGGAGUGGAGUUCAAGGCCAUCGCCAGCGGCUCCCAUCGAGUCACCACAGACUUUAUUUACUUCCGGAAGGGCCACUACUUCGGCCUGGCCUGCUUUGCCAACAUGGCGGUGGAGAGCACGGUGGAGCGGGGGGCGAGGAUGAAGUCGGUGGGGAUCCUGUCUCCUUCCUACACGCUGCUCUACCGCUACAUGAGCUUCCUGGAGCACCAGGUCAGGCUCCAGCUCCAGACCCCGGGCCACUACUCCCCUCUAGAGGCCUUUUAUGAGGACAAGAGAGCACUCCUGCCCCCUAGUGGAGAUGCUGUUGUUACUGCGUGUCCAGCCAUUGCCUGGGGAGCUGCACUCAACCACAGUAUGCACCCUGAGAUGAAGAUCACCCACCCCGCAGGCUGCAUGUCCCAGUUCAUCCGCUUCUUUGGAGAGCAGAUCAUGGUGCUGUGGAAACUGGCUCUCCUCCGCAGACGCAUCCUCAUCUUCUCCCCUCCUCCCGUGGGAGUGGUCUGCUACAGGGUGUACGGCUGCUGCUGCCUGGCGAACAUCUCCAUCCCUGGAGUCAGCACGGCCGUGCCCGAGUUCCGCCCCUUCUUCUACGUUAACGUGGCCGACAUCAGCGCCCUGGAGAACGAGCUCUCCUAUGUAGCAUGUACGACUGAGAAGAUCUUUGAGGAGAAGAAGGAUCUCUACGACGUGUAUGUAGACAAUCAGAAUGUAAAAACCUACAGAGACGGCCUGAAGCCUCUGCUCCGCCUCAGCACCGCAGACCGGGAGAAAUAUCGCAAGCUCACAGAGCAGAGGCAGAUGUUGCUGUACUCCCAGGAGGAGAAUGGAGACUGUGUGUCCAGUGAAGAGGAUCUGUUUAUUCUUUUCUUCCUGGAGCAGAACAACCGGAUUUUCCAGACCCUGAGCGAGGUGGCAGGAAGCCCCGACCCCACCCUGACCCAGGAGAGCGUGAGGGCCAUGGGUCUGGAUCCUCACGGAGACAGGCUCUUCCUGCUCCACCUGCUGGAGAUCUACGGCUACGACACCCUGCUGGUAUCGGACCAGCUCUGCUGCAGCUGAGUCAGAGCGGACGGCCCGACUGUUUUUUCUGCUUUUCAUCACUGCUGGAUUCAAAAGGGGAGUUGAUCUGCCUCCAGUCGACUCCACGUGCUGCACUACUGGCGUCCUGGAGUCUUCAGGACCCUUUGAGCCUCCAGAAACGGUUUAACUGAUUCUGUUCCUCGCCUCCUUGUUCUCCUUGUCAUCACCCAGCUAUGGAGAUAAACUCACAGCGGAGAUGGAUUCCUUACUCCACAGCAGGAAUAAUCCUUUGAGGAACGAGUAUUUCAUUUGAAGGACAGAAGAGAAGAUGUGUAAGAUGACGGUCUUGGACAAAACGUGUGCUGAAGCUUAAUGUUUGAAAGUGAAAGAGAGGCGGUCCUUAUGUAAAUAAUUUUUUUUUUCUCCUUUGUGUUUCAUGCUGUUUUGCUCUCCUGGUAUUAAGUGCUGGAUUUCGACAUUCCCAUUUUAAGCCUCUAUAUCCAAAUCAGGUCAAACCGCCUUCGUCUUCAAGAUCCAUGUCUGUAACCACUGCUGUUCAAAGUGGGAAACGACCAGUUGAUGGAUUUGGCUCCUCCGGUCUUUUCAUGUAAACGUCAAGACCAGAGAGUUUUCUUUAGCCUGUGCUGAAACCAAAUCAGAUUUCAUAAUGAUGUCCAGCAGGUAAAGGCAGGUGGAUAGGCUCUGUACACUAUGUCAGCCGGGAUCUCAGAAUUAGCUGUUACACAGAGUCAGAACAACGUUUAGUGUUUUUCUCAGAGGUCCAGUGUUUUCAGCUCAUAGACACAAACUUGAUUUUGAACAGCAAUCAUGCGGCCAAGUGCAGAAGAGAUCGUGGGUUUAGCACAAGGCGUUUUUAACUACUUCAACAGUAAAACUAGAGUUUAUCUCAAUGAGACUCAAUCGCAAGUUUCUUCGCUGACGGGAAUUUUAACAAGAAACCUAAAUCCACUAUAACCCACAUCUUUUAAAGUAACUAUCAAAUGAUAAUGUGAAAACAGGACGCAAUGUGAAAGUAAUCAGCUGUUGUAAUUUAUCAACAUAGCAUUAUCACCUCAAUCAAGUUGUCUGAGCUUUAUAGCAGGUGUCAAGGAAGUGUUUUUCGCUUGCCCUCCAUCUUUAAUGUCGUGUUCGGCCCUCGCUGCUCUCGUGCUCCUGUUUUCAUCUGCAGCAGUUUUCAGCAAAACCUUUAGAAACCCAGACAGACGGAAUAAACACUGAAGGCCUAAAUAUAGACUGAAUUAAGAACCAGACAAGGUUGUGACCAAAAAAAACUGGGUUUGUGUUGUUGCAAUUUUAAAAAGGUAUAUGAACAAUGUAUAGACCACUAAGGGGCCAACAAGUUGAGAUUGUCACCUACACCAGCCGCUACUAAUGGUGGAAACGCAUGAGCAAACAACUGUAUAAUUACCACUAGCGCUCACAAAAUAUAUCUUCAGUGUUCCAUCCAUCAAUGUUUUUUUUUUUUUAGCUCUUCACCAGCUCUUGACAAAAGCAGCCUCAUCUUUUACCAGCUAGCCACUAACUCAGUAGGUCUGGAAAGCUUAGUUGAUGAGAGCAGCAAGCAACAGUAGAUAUCCCAUAUACAUAAAACUAGCUUGGAGGCUAAAAGCACCAAAUAAACCAAUUAGCGAUAAUUCUCCUAAAAUCCUGACUUUUGAGUCAGAUAUUAAAAAAUUAUUAAAUUUCUCCUUUUUGUGAGACAUUAAAUCUUAGCCUACAUUCAUUCAUUGAUCAGGUUUAUUUGACCAAAUUAGCAGGUCAAUGUUCAGGGGGAAAUUCCUCAAGACUAUAAUUUUGUCAUUUGCACAUGAAGGUUUAGUACAAGUGUUUAAAUUAUGUUUUCUUCUGAAAAGGUUUCCCCUUAUUUCUGAAACAAGAUGGUUUGUGAUGGAGAACAUCCCAAGUCAUUAUCUGUUUGACAGUGAAUCUUAUCCAUGUCAUGUUUUCUAUCUUUUUAUUUAUGUUGUUAAGCUGUAAAUGUUUUUGAGUGUAAAUACUCCACUUGCUGUAAUUAUCUGUGAACAAACGGGAUCAGUGGAAUGUGUUUUGUAAAACGAUGACGAUCCCACUGAGCCUCUGUGUGUCACUGAAUCCCUCACGUGUUCCACUGGAAGAGAAGAACCCAGCGUAGUCACAUGGCGCCUUACACAUCCUGUACAGAGUGAACCAUGGAGUUAAACAACGGGGUAGUCCAACUCAUGUUAAAAUACUUUCACUUUAUUUAUUUUACUGCAAAUCAUUUCAGAAAUAAAGUGCACGGCCACUUGUGAAGGAAA